AUGGCGCGCCGUUCGCAACGUGCCGUCGACCUGAAGCCGACCUUCCGGACCGUGGACCUGCCCCCCGUCGCCGACGCCGUCGCCUUCGCGGACCUGGACGCGGUCGCGCGGCGGGACUUCGAGCAGCUGCGCGCGCAGCUCGAAGAAGCCCACGCGUUGAUCCUCUGCGGCGCAGGAGCCUCCGCCGGCCUCAUCGCGUACCUCUUCACGCAGACGAUGCGCGAGGAGCUGGUCUGGCCGGAGGACGGGAAUUGGGCCCAGGUCAACCGCAUCCUCAAGCCGCUUGCGGCGGCCCUGGUCGCUUACCGCGAGGCGCCCAACCCCCAGGGCCACUUCUACAGCACCGUCGGCAACGUCAUGCCCGACAGGGCCGUCAUCGUGACGCUGAACGUCGACGGCCUCGCGGCCUCGUCGGGAUUGCCCGUCCACGAAGUCCACGGCGUCCUUGCCCCCUGGAGUCCGGACGGUCACGAGGUCACCACAACGCGGGAGCAGUACCAGGAGCUCCUCGCCGUCGCCGACGGUCCCGUCGUGGACGGCGCGGGCAACCAGCUCGCGCCCAAGGUCGCGCUCUACGACAACACCCAAUUCAAGCGCAACCCUUUUGACUUCGAUCGGACGAAUCCCUUCAGCGAGAUCGCGGGCACGCCAAAGGUCCUCAUCAUCGUCGGCCUCUCGGGCGACACGGAGAUGGUCGAGCUCAUGAUCAAGGAGUCCAAGACGGCCGGCAUCACGAAGAUCUACGUCCUGGUCCAGCGAGUGAUGCUCGUGCUCGGCAUCGGCGGCAUCAACACGCUCGACUUCCUCUUCCCCAUCCUGGCCGACGUCCGGGCGCGGCGCGUCAGCCUCUGCGGCGAAGGCGUCCUCCUCGCCGCCGUCGGCACGCGCAGCACCGCCGUCCUCGCCGAGCUCAUCGCCCACGGCGCCAGCGUGCUCGAGCAGUCCGCGCCCGAUUCGCGCGGCCACGUCUGGACGGCGCUCGCCCUCGCCGCGAAGAUGGGUGACCUCGCCACCAUCGACUUCCUCGUCAUGCACUGCGGCGCGCCGCUGGAGCAGAACCCCGCCGUGACGCCGCUCAUCGUCGCCGUCGUCGAGGGCCACGUCGCCGCGGCGCGGCGCCUCGUCGAGCUGGGGGCCGACGUCGACUGCUGGCGCUUCCGCGUCGUGCAGUACGGCGGGCCCCCGCUCUACGAGGCCGUCGUGCGGCGCGACUACCCCAUGAUGAGCAUGUUGAUCGACCUCGGCGCGGACCCGACGGUCUUCAACUCGGACAACGCGGAGUCGGCCAUCGACUUCGCGUACGACUGGGACCUGGCCGCGCUCGACAUCAUGGGCGAGCCCGCGGACCACCUCGAAUACCUCGCGCGCAACGCGCUCGAGAACGUGCGGCAGCCGAACCUCGACACCGAGGUCCUGCGCCUCGCGCUGCCCCGCGUCGCCAUGAGCACGGCCAAGCUCGACGAGGCGCUCUUCGACGCGGCCGAGACGGGCGACUGGUACCGGGUCCGCCUGCUCGUGAACCACGGCGCGGACGCGAACUCCUACCGCGGCUCCGACUCCGCGCUCAAGGUCGCGCUCCUCGGGCGCCACCUGGCCGCGUCCAAGGAGCUCAUCGCCCACGGCGCCGUCCACGCCGGCGACGCCCUCACGCGCCUCGUCGCCGACGCCAGGGCGCUGCCGCGCGCCCUCGUCAACCUCGAGCUCGCCCGCCUCGUGCUCGAGACCGAGGCCAUCCCGACGCCCGACCGCGCCGAGCUCGGCAGCCUGCUCAACCUCCUCGACGACGCGGCGGCGCGGGAGCACCUCCACCUCAACGACACGCUGCCCAUGGGCAGGCUCCUCUGCGCCCACGGCGCGCAGCACACGGCCCUCACGGAGAUGCCCGCCCUGUGGAUGGAGCCGGUCGCGUUGCGGUACCUCUUCGUGCAGAACGUGCCGGUGUAG